AUGGCACCUCGCGGCUUCACAAAUCCUGCUCCUAAGACCGAGUCAGCGCGCUCGGCUCUAAGCUCUUUCACCUGUACUCUCUGCAACAAGUCCUAUUCCCGACAUCCAGAAUAUGAGGCGCACAUCUCGUCUUACGACCAUCAACAUCGCAAGCGACUACAGGACCUCAAACAGCUGUCCCGCGAUCCUAACGCAGCGGAGAGAGCUCGACGCGCGGAGAAGAAGGCGGAUGCGGAGGCCGGAUUGCGAGUACUGGACAACGAUACCACCCCCUCUACUGGAGGCGGUGGAGGUGGAGGAUUCAAGAAAGGAGGGUUUAAGAGCUCAUUUACAACAGUGAAAGGGCCAUCCGUCCCAACAGUUCCGGCUAGGAAAAACGUUCUUGGAGACGAUGAUGAAGAUGAAGAUGGCAACAACAACAACAACACCACCACUACGAACAACAACACAGCAAGUCAAUCCGGCGGAGGGACAACUCGCCCAGGGAAAGAAGACCAGAAACCAGCUGAUGCGGAGAGUGAUACGGAUGAGGAGUAUGGGAAAGAUGAUGCCGGUGGAGGCUAUUAUGACCCUCGAAAACCGACGGAUUGUUUCGCCGGUUGUGCAGGCGCGAAGGAUAUUGCAGUUGCAUAG